AUGACGGGAACACUUCUACAUGGCCCUUUGGUCUGCUUCAGGGUUGUCACUAAAGGAACCUGUCCAACAUUGGUAAAGAAUAAUGUGGAGAGAAACAUAAACACAUGCAGUGGUCUCGGCUUGAGUAACUUCAUUUUUGAAGUCGUGACAGAUAAAGCCAUUAAUAUUCCAAAGAAUCUCUUUGUCAGAGAAAUUGUUGUUCCUUUCAAUUAUCGAACAUCCAAAAGGACCCUUUACAAAGCGCGAGCUCUUCAGUAUUGCUUGGAGGAUUGUAUAAAUAUGCUGAAAGACGAGGAUUGGAUCGUCCACCUUGACGAAGAGACUGUUCUGACCAGGGCGUCAGUGACCGGAAUUCUUAAUUUUAUUACAAAAGGAACAGCAAGUUUUGGGCAGGGCAUCAUAUCGUAUGCUAACGAGGAAAUAUUUUUUUGGAUCACUACCAUCUUCGAUCUUGCCAGAGUUGGUACGGACUACGGUAUUUUGCGAUUUUGUCUGAAAUUCUUCAAGAAACCAGUCUUCAGCUGGAAAGGGAGCUACGUUGUUUCCAAUGUUGGAGCAGAGAGAAAGGUUUCUUACGAUUUUGGAAUAGAGGGAAGUAUUGCGGAAGAUUGUUUCUUUGGACUGACAGCUUGGAAACUGGGCUAUUCGUUUGACUUCAUCGAAGGUGAAAUGUGGGAGAAAAGUCCCUUUUCUCUGACAGAUUACAUAAAGCAAAGAAAACGGUGGAUACAAGGCAUAACAAUGACUUUUAUAAGUAAGAAUAUCCCGUUCAAACAGAAGUGUGGAAUACUCUUUAUAAUACUCGGAUGGAUAACGAUGCCUUUGACUGUCCCAAAUACCGUGCUGGUGCCACUGUAUCCCCUCCCAAUGCCACGAGUGUUUAGUUUUCUGUUUGGGUUCAUGGGAGGAGUGAUGAUGUUUCUGUUUAUUAUUGGUGCCCUGAAAUCAUUCAACUAUCAGAGAAUUGGUCUUAUAAAGUUCGUGGUUGUAUGCCUCUCUCCUGUUCUUCUCCUGCCAUUCUUUGUACUAACGGAAACGUGUGCAGUUGUUUAUGCAUUUCUUACAUUUAGAACAAUUGAAUUCCAAACUGUGAAGAAAGAAGACAGAAUUAUCGAUGUAGAUGGGAGGUCAGCCAAAAGAAACUAUGCAUUUGAUGCUUAA